AUGUUAUUUCUUAUGAUUUUAUUUCUAUUUACAAAAGCAUCUUGCACACCGGAUAGUAAUGGUGGCAGCGUUCUUUUCUACAAAAAAAGCAGUAAAGAAUGUUGGAAUCAAGAUGAUCUGGCAAAGUUGCGCGCUCGGAAGAUAUUUGAAAAAAUUGUGUUACCGACGCUUCCUCCUGAGAAAAUGAGUAGUAAGUAUAAUAAAGAGAUACUAAAAUACUAUCGCAAAGCUCUGCAUGUCGUUGAUAAAGACGAAGACCGUCAUAAUGCGAAGAUUCUCAAAGAAGCAUUGGCGGAUACUUUAGGAGGACACAUGAGGUGUGAGAUGUUACCCAGUGUUAGGUUUUCAUAUUAUGCCGGCUAUGUUUCGUACAGGAGUGCAAAACAAAUGCACACCCUUUAUGAUGAUCUCAAAACGUUUCUUAACACCAAAGGGAUUGGGUGGAACCCUCCUGAGAAAACACCGAUUCAGUCUAAUUUGACUGUUGGGAAGAUCCUCAUAGGAGCUGGCAAACCGUUCGAUCCAUGCGCCUUUUUAGUUGUAAAGCGAAACGAAAAUAAUUGCAUUCACAUUCCUACUCCAAAAGUAGAUGAUGAGACGGAGCCAACGGCUAUCGUAUUGCCCUUUAAAAUCGGAGGGUUCGUCAGCCUCACGUCACAAAGUUCAGAAAAUAUUCUACUAAAGUAUUACACUACGUCAGCGAGGUGCAUUCUGCGUAGUUCGCCCCAAGAAUGCAAACAUACAGAUUUCGUUAACUACAAUAACGAACUAUGGCACUGGAUGAAGAGACACGUGGCUCCACAUCUGCUAGACGAGAAGCUGUACGCAGCUUACGGCGGAGUGUUGCGGAUCGCUGCGGCGGUUCAGAACUAUGGCAAGGGACUAUCACGUCGGAAUCUGUAUGAAUCUGAUGAUCUGGGAUCCAGUAAUAAAUGGUGUCCGUGGAAAGCACUCAAGGACCAGCAGUUAAAUAUAGAUGCGGAUUGGUCGCCACAGUUGUAUAUAGCCCUCGUUUUGGGAGCGGCGUUAGCGAUUUGUUUUUUGCAGAUAUGCUACAACUACAUUUUGGGACGCGCGAAUGGAUGUCGCUGUUCGGGAAGGAAGAGGUCGUACGACAAAGAUAUCGCUUACGCUACGGUCGACUCCAACUUCCCGGCGAUGCUGCCCUCCCAUCAGAGUGGGGGGAGCUCUAACGAUCAGAAACGUGACCGCGACCAUCGCUCCGUUACUCGAAGCAAGACUGCCUCAGUCGGUACUGUGAGAACUCGAGUGUACGACUUUAACGAAAACACAGAGAAGAUAAUGUCGGUCAUAAUGAGCGAUAACGAGGGCACAGAUGUGGAAUCUACGAGCAAUAAAGAGAGUGAGGAGGAGGUUAGGACCAAAACGGGCGUGGGGAGCGUUCAGACUCAGACGAACGUGAAGCCGCGGAGUCCUCCGAAGAUCGAGGCGCCUAUUGCGCAGUUGAAAAUUGAGAAGACGGCGCAGGCUGAGAAAGCUCGGCCUAUGUGCUCAACCAGUACUGUUACGCAGUCGGAGGUAACGUACUGCGGGCAGGUGAGCGACACAGCCUGGUCAGGUAGUUACACAACGGAGAGUUCAGUGAGUACCAAAUCCCACACUCAAAGGACAAGACGUUCGCGCGACCUCGCCUGGGCGCGGAGAGUAGUCUCUAAACACACAGUGAAUGAUCAAAACACGAAAUCCUUCACCGGCACAGAUUAUGAUUUACGUUCGUUCACAACGCCACCGUCUCGAAGGUAA